GCCCCGGCCCUGGCGCUGCCGGCGGCGCCGCCGCUUGCCCCGCGUCCGGGUGGGAGUCGUGGCCGCCAUGUGGGGCUUCCCGGCCCUGCCGCUGCUGCUCAACCUGUGCGGCUCGUUGCUGGGCCUGGGGGCCACGCUCACCCUCAUCCCCGCCUUCCGCGGACACUUCCUCACCGCCCGCCUCUGCGGCCCGGACCUCAACAAGACCGGAAAGCGGCUGAUCCCCGAAUCUCAGGGCGUCGUCAGCGGUGCCGUCUUCCUCAUCAUCCUCUUCUGCUUCAUCCCCGUCCCCUUCCUGAGCUGCUUCGUGGAGGAACAGUGCAAAGCGUUUCCCCACCACGAGUUUGUGGCCCUGAUCGGGGCCCUCCUGGCCAUCUGCUGCAUGAUCUUCCUGGGCUUCGCGGACGACGUGCUCAACCUGCGCUGGCGCCAUAAGCUGCUCCUGCCCACGGCCGCCUCCCUGCCCCUGCUCAUGGUUUACUUCACCAACUUCGGCAACACCACCGUCGUGGUGCCCAAGCCCUUCCGCCCCCUGCUCGGCCUCCACCUCGACCUGGGGAUCCUGUACUACGUCUACAUGGGCCUGUUGGCCGUGUUCUGCACCAACGCCAUCAACAUCCUGGCGGGCAUCAACGGGCUGGAGGCCGGACAGGCCCUGGUCAUCUCCGCCUCCAUCAUCCUCUUCAACCUCGUGGAGCUCGGGGGCGACUACCGGGACGACCACAUCUUCUCUCUCUACUUCAUGAUCCCCUUCUUCUUCACCACCCUGGGCCUGCUGUAUCACAACUGGUACCCGUCGCGGGUGUUUGUGGGCGACACCUUCUGCUACUUUGCGGGCAUGACCUUCGCCGUGGUGGGCAUCCUGGGCCAUUUCAGCAAGACCAUGCUGCUCUUCUUCCUGCCCCAGGUGCUCAACUUCCUCUACUCUCUGCCCCAGCUGCUCCACGUCAUCCCUUGCCCCCGCCACCGCGUGCCCAGGCUCAACGUCAAGACGGGGAAGCUGGAGAUGAGCUAUUCCAAGUUCAAGACCGACGGACUCUCUCCCUGGGGCGCCUCCCUCUUGAAGCUGGCCGAGGCCCUGCGGCUGGUGGCCGUGCGCCGGGGCGAGGACGGGGACGGGGCCUACACCGAGUGCAACAACAUGACCCUCCUCAACCUGCUGCUCAAACUGGUCGGGCCCACCCACGAGAGAACGCUCACCGUGCUGCUGCUGCUGCUCCAGGUCGCGGGCAGCGCCGUCGCCUUCUCCGUCCGCUACCAGCUAGUCCGGCUCUUCUACGAUAUCUGAGCCCCCCGGAGCUCCGGCCCGCCCGGGUAAAGACCGGCCCCCCCCCCGGCCCCGGGGUGGGCCGCCGGCCCCCCGCCUCUCCCCGGGGGCUCCGUCCCCGUCGGCCCCUGCCCUCGCGAGAAGGGCCGGGGGAGCGUCGUCUGACCGCUCACGAGGCGCGGCCUCCCCGCCGGUCCCCCCGCGCCGGAUCCCCGACGCCUGUUCCCCUCCUCCCUUUACCCGCCGGUGAUUAUUUAUUGAUUGGCCUCGGCCUCCGCGCCUCCCCCGAUUCACGAGCUCCCUCCGCCCCGCGGCCUCUCCCGCGGAGGGAAGCGGCAGCCGCCCCGCACGCCCGGCCGCCGGCCGAGGGCCGGGCCUCCGAGUAGGGCGGGGGCCCGGGUUGGGGUCCCCGUCCCUGAGGACGACGAGACGGUGACCUUCGAGGAGCAGGCCGGGCCCGCUGGGAGAUCUGAGACAAUAAACGAGCUUUUUUAAAAAAUUCCAGGGGCAGCCGCUCUUGGCCGGGGCCUCCCGCGGGUGGGUGGGGCGGGAUGAAGCCGGGGCAGCUUUGGCUCUGGGGAGGUGGGGUCCCAUCCCCUCGGCUCCCCUGGCCUUAGAGAAGCAACGUGGCGCGGUGGUAAGAGCCCGGGCUUGGGAGUCGGGGGUCGCGGGUUCUAAUCCCGGCCCCCUCACCCGUCAGCCGUGACUUGGACUUCUCGGCGCCUCGGUUCCCUCGUCUGUAAAAUGGGGGUGAGCCCUACGUGGGACGACCUUGUAUCGGUCCCAGCGCUUAGAACGGCGCUUGGCGCCAGAGUCGGCGCUGAACGAACGGCAACGCCGUCGUCGUCACCCGGAGUUCCCUGGGGAUGCUUUUACCGAGACCGCAGAGCCGAGUGGAGAGACGGUUCCCCGGCCCACCGCGAACUAAAGCCCCGAGCUGGGCGCUGGGGAGGGAGACGGAGGGCAGAGCGGACGCCGCCCUCAAGGAGCUGACGAGGACGGGACAGGACCGACGGGACGGACGGAUGUUGACACGGCUGAACGUGUACCACGUGUAAUAAAAGUGCACCGGAAA